CCUGAUUCCACCAAUCAGAUCUUAGCGCUCCAAACUUCCCACCAAUCAGCGAAGCUCCUGUAACUUUCACGAGCAGUUCGCGUCUGUCGCUCUGUUUUGAUCCGCUGUCUGUCUGUAGGUGGUGAAGCCUCGAUGGGGACACUUUUGUUUUUAUGCUAAUAUUUUCUUUUACAAACUGCGGCGCUUUUGUCAACGCUCAGGUUUAUAUAGAGGGGAAUGAUGACAUCAUUUAUCUGUGGUUGAGGAAGCUGCCGUGUUUCUGAAGAGCCUCUUGAGAUCGUCUAAGCCUCUGCCAUGAGUUGUUUGGAUGUUAUGUAUCAUCAGAGUUAUGGAGCUCAUCACUACUUGCCUGCGACAUCAGCGGCGGCGGCAGCAGCAGCCUACAAAGCGGCGUACUACCACCAUCAUCACCAGCAGCAGCAGCAGAAGAAGUUCGGUGCCUACAGCAGGAUGCAGGAUUCUGAGGAGUUUCCCUCUCACUGUGGCCAGAAUAAGCAGCCUGGAGCGCUGAAGCCCCGUCCUGAGCCUGAGCUUCCGCCAGAGGAGGAGCAGAAUGCUGGGGAAGAGGAGCGCUGCAAGGAGACGCAGCCCGCCGAGGCCGAGUACUUGAGUGCCAGGUGUGUGGUGUUCACCUAUUUCCGUGGAGACAUCGGGGAUGUGGUGGACGAACAUUUCUCACGUGCUCUGAGCCAGCCCAGCGCCUUCAGCAAUGACGCUAAAACUGGCAGACUUCACUCUGGAGGACCAUGGAAAGGAAACUCCCACUCCGAGGGUCAGUGUGGCUCUUUAUCGUCGUCCCUGUGGGGUAGCGGAUACCCAUCUCAAUCCAGCCCAUGUGUCCCCUCCUCUCACCCUGACUUCCCCCACAGCGCUGCCUUCCACCCUGCAGACACCGGCAUCUGGAGCAGCCACAGCCUCGCGCAGACCGGCCUGCCCCCUCCUUCUGCUCUUACUGACUCUUGGCACUAUGGCCUAGGAGCCCAGAGUGGAGCAGGAUACCCCCACGUACACGAGAUGUACCCUCACAUGCAUCCCCGCCACCCACAUCCUCAUUCCCACGCCCACCGCGUGCUCCAUCACGCUCACAGCCCCGCUCUGGACCCCCGCUUCAGCCCCCUUCUGCUACCUGGUGUAAGAGCGUCAUGCAGCCCGACGUCCUGCACAGACGGAAUCAAAACAGAGCUGGAACCAAGUAGCAUCCCAGCACCCAACUGGCCCGUUUCUUUCCAUGGGUCAGUGGACAUCUAUGAUACAGCGCUUGAGCAAGACAAAGCGAAGGCCAGUGUUUGGUUCUGAGACAGAGAAGAUUCACUGGACUACAUGCCUUAGACUGGACCACUUCUGAAGCCGAGGCCCACAGUAUACCGCGUGUGGAGUCUUUCCUCAGAGGACUGUCUUGGGAACUAUUCAGGGGGCAGAUCAGUCUCUAUCAGUGAGACAAGCACAAAAACAGCUUUGGGGAAAACUAAUGUUUUUGUAAAGCAUACCAUCCUGUCUGAGUUUGUGCACUCAUGGACAGAGAUCCAAUUCAGGACGCUUCUUCUCCCAUCUGGGCUUUUCCUGUAAACAGCUCUGGCGUAAAGGAUGCCACACGCCCCAAAUGAGGUUUAAGGGGCAUAUCUGCCUCUUUCUUUACACAAAGGAGGUUUUCUCGACAUGGUUGAUGCUUUAGAACUGCAUUUAUGUACUUACACAGGUUCUGUUGAAAGAACUGAUUGUAUUAAUACAGUACAAGGCAGAAAUGUGUGAAUGUCUGAGAAAAUCUUUAUUUACUUUAAUAUAUUUGUCUAAAAUAGUCUUGUGACUUUACUGAUUGGUGGUUUCUGUUUGUAAUGUGUGUUAAUAGAUUAUUUUUGAUGUCAAAUUGUCUUGCCUUUGAGGAAUUUUUAGUUUUACAGCCUUACAUGAACUGCUAAGUUUUAUUGGCAAACAACCUGUUUUGUUUGGAUUGAUUUAUUAAAUCAUUACAGUGUUUACUGUCCCUUUAAA